UUUUUGGCCGUUUGUUUGGCUGUAGCUCACAUCAGAGAAAAUUUAAGUCUCAUUAAAAUAAGCAUCUAGGGAUUAAAAAAUCGGUUGUAUUUCUUCUGAUAGAGGUCCUACGUUUUUCUUUUUCCUUUCCCUAAAUGUAUGUAGAGAAGAACUAAUACUCAUUUUCUAUUGAUGCCUAACAAGUUACCAGACACGGACACACAAAUAAAACCUGUUAUUCUUAUUUGUAAGUCAGAAGGCCAGGCAGGCUCAGCUGAGUUCUCUGUUAGAGACUAACAAAAGCCAGGGUCAAAGUCUUAAUGGAGCUGGGCUUAGACCUAUAGGUUCUGCCUGAAAGCCACUUAAAAGCUCAUUGGUCUUCCUAGUAGAAGUAAGCUCCUUGUGAUCAGUCUGGUCAUUCUGAAGUGUAUCAUUUUCAAAGUUGUGAUGAUUAUUAAGACAGCAAGUCUUUGGGAUUAUCUAAUAAUUGGGCUAGCCAUAGAUGGGCGUUCUAAUGGGAUUACUCUGAAGUUACUAAGAAGGAAGGGUUCUAGAGUUCAGACAGUGUCCUAGGUCUUCAAUGAAACUUGGCUGCCUCGGUCUCAAUUUCUCUCUCCAGAGGUAUGAAGUAUUCAGGCUCAUUUCCAGAAUUUCCUUUGGAGAACUUAUUGUGGGGUUUGGAUUUCCUAAUUACUUCAGCAAAAUACCUAACAAAAAGUAACUUAAAGAUGGUUUAUUUUCAGAUAUUGUCUCCCAUAGUAGGGAAGUCAGAAGCAGAGGGUUGAGGUAGGCAGUCAUUGUGUUUGUAAUCAGGAAGCAGAGAGAGAGAUGAAUUUGGUGCUCUACUUUGUGCUUUUUGUUAGAUCUAGGACCUUAGCCUGUGGAAUGGUGCUACCUGUAUUCACAGUGAGUGUUCUUACCUCAGUUAGAGCUCCCUAAAAAUGCCCCCAGAGUCUUCUGAACAAACCCCUUUCAAGUUAACAAAAUUAACUUGGGAUAAUUGAAUCCAUCACUUCAAAAUCAUAACAUAUUAACCCUGGCUCCUAGACUCAUAUUCCUCUCAUAAUAUAACAUGUGUUUACUCUGUCUCCAAAUCUCUUUAACAGUCCCAACACUAUUCAGAAUGUAUAUGCAGAGUCUUUUGUGCAACUCAGCCAAUUUCUUAACUUUGAACCCCUAUAAAAUAAUACAAGUAAUAUACUUCUAAUGUACACUGGCACAAGUAAACAUUCCUAUUCCAAAAAAGAAGGAUGGAAGCAUAGCAAGGAAAGAUGAGACAAAAACAAGACUGAAGCUCAGGAAGAGCAACACCAAAUCCUGCACUUCUGGGGCUCAUGGUGGAAUCGCCUGGGCUUAACUUUAGGCAGUUCUACCGCUCCAGCUCAGUUGUCUGUCUUAAUGUGACCACUUUCUUGAGCCAGCUCUACUCUGUGCCUCAGCUUCCCUCAGCAGAUGUCCCAUGAUUCUGGCAUAUCCUACACUUUGGAGUCUCCAUUGCAAUUUAGGCUUUAUGUUCCCAGCUUCAUGUGGUGGCCUUCUCAUAGGGAAUCUGACACAUUGCCUAGCCUCAGCGUCUUUCUGUGUUCUCUUUACUUUUAUGUUUUUCAUGCUUGCAAAACCAGUAUUCUAUGGAUGAUGCUUUCAAGUACUUCUUGCUUGAUAUGUAGCUUGAUUCCUUUAUAUACUGUUUUAGUGGUCACUGUGUGCCUUUGACGCUGACCCUGGGGAAAUACUUUCAUAGCAGCCAUUUUGAAUCACUGAACUCUUGUGGUGCUUUCCUUUUAAAUGAAAUGUCACAAGUUAAGAUUUUCAAUGAAUGGCUUGGUCUUGCCCUCAUAGAGCCUUUCUAUUUUCCAGAUGUACAACACAAGAUUUAUCUUUCAUGAUGCUAGUUCGGCAAUUACAGAAGCUUUGUCUGCAUACAUCUCAUUGUUACAUUAUAUUAGUACAAACUCCUUUUCUAAACAAACCACAUUUUUGUACUCUCUCCCUAUUGAUUUGAAUAAGAGCAGUGAGCACUAGUCAUGCCACAACCUGAAUGCUAUCCUGUUUGGAAUUUCUGCCAAAUAAAUUACUUCGUGUUUCGUUUGUUUUGUUUUUAAUUCACUCUCAAGUUGUCAUGGUAUGAACAGAAUGCAGCCAGAUUCUUUGCCAGGAUGUAAAUAUAAAUAGAUUCUAUUCCAGUUCCUGAAAAGGUCCAUAUUCUCUGAAACUGUAUCAGCUAGGCCUCUUAUUUCUGGCAUUCUGGGAUUCCCAACUCCCGCCAGAAUGGCCUGUUAAGCUUUUCUUGUAUCCAUAGGGCUUUAGCCUCCACCUCCAAAUUAUAUUCUCUGCACAAUCAGUCCAUAAGAAACACACAGCUUUAUCAGAGCAGUGGCCUCUUCUCUCUGGACUAGUGUUAGUUACUUGUUGCUGGGACAAAAUGCCAACAAAAGCAACAGUUGACAGUUUGAGGUACAGUCCAACAUGGAGCUAGCUACCCACAGACUGUCCAGUGAGGAAGCAGAGGUGAACACUGGUGCUCCACUUGCUAACUCCUUUUUGCGUGGGACCCAAGCCCAUGGAAUGAUGGGCAGUUAUGUGAAUCUUCUAACUGAAGUCUAACCUCUCCAGAACAACCUCACAGACAUGCGUACUUGAUUGUAAAUCCCCAAGAUGAUACAGAAUGAGAAGUUACAGAGGCAUUUGAACAUGGCGAUCUCCUCAGCUGCUCCUUGGCAGUUUCCUCGGGGUUCUAGGAGGAGGGGAACAUUUGUAACUACGGUGCCUUAUUAGUCAUCUCCACCUCUCAGUAGUCUUUUUCAGAAACACAACUCACAGCUACAGUGAAACAAGAGAACUGCUUGUCUCGGGAUGGCUAGAGAAUCAAGGGAAAGUACAACCCUGGACUCGCACUCUGCAGAGGACCAGAUGGAGCUACUGGUCAUAAAGGUGGAACAGGAAGAGGCCUCCCCCUUGGCAGAGGAGGCCAGUUGGCUGGGCAGUCCUGGGCCUGACCGCUCACGCCAGCGCUUCCGUGCCUUCCGAUACCCCGAGGCAGCCGGACCCCGGCAGGCGCUGAGCCGGCUCCGCGAGCUCUGCAGACAGUGGCUGCGGCCUGACAUGCACAGCAAGGAGCAGAUCCUGGAGCUGCUGGUGCUGGAGCAGUUCCUGACCAUCCUGCCAGGGGAGCUGCAGGCCUGGGUGCGGGAGCAGCACCCCGACAGCGGGGAGGAGGUGGUGGCGCUGCUGGAGUACUUGGAGAGGCAGCUGGAUGAGACUCCUCCACAGGUUCCAGAUGAUGAUGAUGGGCAGGAACUCCUUUGUUCCAAGGCAGUACUGUUGACAUCAGCUCAGGGCUCAGAAAGUAGCCAGAUGGAGCCCAUGGAGCCUCUGCUGAAGCAGGAGUCUUUGGGAUCCCUGCCCUCAGAAGUCAGAGUCACCCAGGGGCCCCACUGUGGAGAAGAUGGAGUGACAGCUCCCAGGCUCACUUCAGAGUUGCAGGGGUUGCUGAAAAUGGAAGAUGUAGCCCCCGUCCUUUCCCCCAGAUGGACGGAGCAGGAUUCAUCUCAGAUGAACCUCUACAAGGAUGGACUACAGGAGAACCCUGGCAGCCUGGUUUCCCUGGAUCAGGAUAUGCAGACUAAGAUUAGGGACUUGCCUCCAGCUGAGGAAUACACAGAACAAAAGCCUGAGCAGACAGUGUGCUUCCUGGGUGAAGACGCUGCCCCCGUUCCUGCAGGUGCAGAAGCCAGUGAGCAGGAAGGCAAGUUACAGACAACGCAGAAGACGGCCACAGGAAAUAGGCGGUUUUAUUGCCGUGAAUGUGGAAAGAGUUUUGCUCAGAGUUCAGGCCUAAGUAAACACAAAAGAAUCCACACUGGAUUGAAACCCUAUGAGUGUGAGGAGUGUGGCAAAGCCUUCAUUGGAAGCUCAGCUCUCAUCAUUCAUCAGAGAGUUCACACUGGUGAGAAGCCAUAUGAGUGUGAAGAAUGUGGCAAGGCCUUCAGCCACAGCUCAGAUCUCAUCAAGCACCAGAGAACCCACACUGGGGAGAAGCCCUACGAGUGUGAUGACUGUGGGAAAACCUUCACUCAGAGCUGCAGCCUCCUUGAGCAUCACAGAAUUCACACUGGAGAAAAGCCAUACCAGUGCAACAUGUGUCCUAAAGCCUUUAGGCGUAGCUCACAUCUCCUGAGACAUCAGAGGACCCAUACUGGGGAUAAAGAUUAUUUUGUCCCAGAACCUUACUGGGAAAGUCAGAGUAGGGUAGAAAGCCAUUGGGAAAAUAUUGAGACUCCUGUGUCUUACCAGUGCAAUGAUUGUGAGAGAAGUUUCAGUAGGAUUACAAGCCUUAUUGAACACCAAAAAGUCCACACUGGUGAGAAACCCUUUGAGUGCCAAACUUGUGGAAAAGGCUUCACCCGACCUUCGUACCUUAUUCAACAUCAGAGAAGACACACAGGAAAGAAAACUUCUGUCACAGUGACCCCUGCUGUACGUUCCGAAGUUGGUGUUCAACUGUCAUUGAACUGAAGCUACCGUGGAGCUCUUACUGACUACAGAAUUCAUAGGCUAGGGCUCUAUUUAAUAAUAUACAUUCUCAUAUAUUAGGGACCUGGCUGAGACUCAUUAUCUUCUACAUUCUAGAAGACUGGGGGGGGGGGAAACUGAUUUCAUGGGAGGUUUUGAGAAAGAGUUGUCUGCAAGAGUUCUCACUCAUUGAAAUCAAAUGGGCUUCCUGACUGGCAAAUUGCCUUCCCUUGGCAUGCAUUUCAUGUCUCCUGAGGGAAUGGUUAUGCUUUGGGGUUGUUACUCUGACACUUAUUUAGGCUAAUGAGCCCUUCACACGUGGUCAGACUUGGAACUCAUGUCCUGCUUUGUGCCUUGUAUACAGGUGCUAAUAAACAUUUAUUAAAUAUAGUGGUGAGAUUUCCUACAUAGCUCUGAAAAUCCAUUAUUAUCUGGAAGUUCUCACCAAGGUAAUUUGUAUAUCUUUUAAAAAAUAAUGAUGUUUUAGAUUUAAUCACUGUAGUACUGCUUUGGUUUUGGUUUUGGUUUUUGCCAAGUACCCAGACUUGGCAGGGCAGGGGUGAAGGUGAGGUUACUGUUCUAGAAUCCUUUAAUUCUUUACCUAAUUUAGGAAUUCUGUGAGAGUGCCUUAAACAGCUUCCUUAGCAUUAGGUCAUUGUGAAUGUGCCACCCAUGGAAUUCCACUAAUAUUUUUUUUCUGUUAAUUUUGUUACUCUUAAGAGAAAAAAAGAAAAAAGUUUUCCUACUUAUGUAGUGUGAAAACCAGUUUCAGAAUAAAGUGAUCAAUGUCUAA